CUUGAAUCAGAUAACUUUUCGUCCCAACACCUCUUUCGUCGGAACAUUCACAUUCACUCUGAUCUUUGAUCCGUCUUUAUCCUGUAUUCCGAGAUCCGACAACGACAUGUAUGCCACCGGUAUUGUGCGGUCUCCCAAGCACCUCAUCGACAGAAUGAAUCUCGAGAAGCAUAAUCAUUACAUUGUCUGCUUUGCCACGAUCCCAUGCGACAGUCCCGAGCAUCCAUCCAACAGAACGACGACCACCGAAGGGGAAUUGUGUCGAUAUCACCUGUGGGUGUUUGACUCUCCGCCUGUCGUUCUUCCUGCCCUCGAGGAGAAUCUUAUCGUUCCGGAUGGUUCUGGCAACUUCAAAAUCAGACUAAGUGGCUUCGGGAAAGGGGUUUCGACAGAAUUGUUACAGAGGAUGACAGAUAUACUACGAGCUCGCAUACAGGCUUCUUACUAGGCAGUGGUAUGCUUUCAUCCUCGAGGUACUCCGCAUCGGCUAUGCAGAGCGUUGGCGUUUAGGACUUUGGCUUUCCCACCGCGCAGUCUUGUAACCUUGCUAGUAUUGUCUUCUUGGGCGUCGAAUUUUCUGCGUUGUUUUGCUGCAAGAGGCCGAUGAGAGCAAGGCUG